UAAAGAGGUGGUAUUGGUCGAUAUGUACCUUUCCACAAAACCUCGUAUCUCAGUAUCGACUCAGUGUUCAAAUACGAGGUAUCUAAAACUUGUUAAUUUUGGUUGUUACAAGAAAAUGACAAAUAAAAGUCAGCUAAGGUCGAGAAUACGAAGGUGUCUUAAAAUAUUGUCUAUAUAAUUUAAGUGCUUAGGUAUUUUAAGUUUCAUUAAUAUUUAUUUCAUGCAUUACGAUAGACUGCACCUUUUUCUAAAAUCAUGUGUUUUAAAAAGUGUAUUAAAAUAUGAAACUCACUUUAGCGUACAUAGUAGUGGCUAUUUUAGUACCGUCAAAUUGUAUACGUACAACUUUGCCUGAAGAUGCACGGCUCAAUUUUACUCAACUCGGUGCGAAAUAUGGGCAUUCAGUUGAAGAACAUGAAGUGAUAACUGAAGAUGGGUAUAUUUUAACAAUAUUCCAUGUUAAAGGAAGAAGGAAAACCCCAGUGUUGCUGCUUCAUGGAGUUGCAGACACUGCCGAUUGCUACAUAUUGAGAGGAAAGAUAUCAAUGGUAAUAUCAUUGGCAAAUGCAGGUUAUGACGUCUGGGCAGGCAAUGUCAGAGGAAACAAGUAUUGCCGGAGACACCUCAAACUGAAUCCAGAUAAAGACAAAAAAUUCUGGGACUUUACGUUCCAUGACACAGGCAUUUAUGACGUCCCGGCUAUGAUCGACUACAUUCUUAAAACGACUGGAGAAAAGAAGCUGCAGACAAUUGGACAUUCGCAAGGAACUACUGUACAAUUUGUGUUAUUGUCUAAAAGACCUGAAUAUAACGAGAAGAUAAAGCUUUUCAUCGGAAUGGCACCAGUAACGUUCUUAACAGAUUUGAUAGAACCAUUAUCAACUAUUGCUAGUAUAGCUCCAAUGCUGCGUGGACUUAUAGAAUCUUUAGGCAUGGAAGAAACCUUCCCUGAUAACUCUUUCAUGACCAAAUUUGUAAGAGCUAUCUGCAGUCAAGAUUUCCUCAGCUACGAAUUAUGCUUCCUAUGGACAAGCUUUUACUUCGUCGGAUUCGAUAUCAAGCGCUUCGAUAAAGAAUUCGGUAAAAUCGUCGUUGGACACUACCCGAAUCAUACUUCACGGAAAAAUCUAGAACAUUCUAUACAGCUAUUUCUUAGUAAGAGAUUUUGUGAAUUCGACUAUGGUCCGGCGGAAAAUUUGAAACGUUACGGCUAUAUAGUUCCACCAGACUAUAAUUUGAGAAAAGUGAAAGCAAAAGUGGCAUUGUUAGUUGGUGAAAAUGAUCCGUUAUCCAGGAUAAAAGAUGUAGCGAUUAUGAGAUCACUUUUACCGAAUGUAGUUAAGUAUCAUGUAAUGGAAGAUAGGAUUUGGAAUCAUGUUGAUUUUACUUGGGCCAAUGAUUUGCCUGUUACUUUGUAUCCAAUUUUAUUUCAACUAUUGGAUAAAUAUGACUAAGAAGAUUUAUUAAUUUGCCACAUAUGCUAAAAAUUAAAUAAAGUGAAUAAAAAACAUUUUGGGAAGGGUCACGUCGGUAUGGACUACUGGUUAAGUUCCAGAAUAGAAAAUAUUUGAUACAUUUUUAUAACAACCUGUCAGUGUCGCGAGUUGGAAACACUCAGUGAGUGUCAUUGUCAUAAAAAGAACGCAUGCUGUUGGUUAUUGAAUAAAUAUAAGCACAAUUUUACAGUUUUAUUGUUUCAAAAUGCAAAAGAAUUUGCUUGUGGUGACACUAAUGACGCUGACUGUACAAAAUACCAAGACUUUCCCAAAAUAGUUAUUUUUAAAUAACGGAAAUAUAUGCAAAAUGUGUUAUAA